CCCCCGGCCACCCCAUCCCGGCCGGCCCGGCCCCCGGGGAGCGCGGGGCAGCGCCCGGGGGCGGCGGCGGCAUCACCAUGGGCCGGCCGGGCAGGGUGCUGCGGCUGCUGGCGCUGCUGGAGCUGCCCUGCUGCCUGCUGGAGCUGCUGCUCGGGGAGGCGGCCCGCGGGCAGGAGAUGUACGCGCCCCACUCCAUCCGCCUGGAGGGGGACAUCACCCUGGGCGGCCUCUUCCCCGUGCACGCCAAGGGCUCCCCCUGCGGGGACAUCAAGAAGGAGAACGGCAUCCACAGGCUGGAGGCGAUGCUCUACGCCCUGGACCAGAUCAACAGCGACCCGGACCUGCUGCCCAACGUGACGCUGGGCGCCCGCAUCCUGGACACCUGCUCCCGGGACACCUACGCGCUGGAGCAGUCGCUCACCUUCGUCCAGGCGCUCAUCCAGAAGGACACCUCCGACGUGAGGUGCACCAACGGCGAGCCGCCCGUCUUCGUCAAGCCGGAGAAAGUAGUUGGAGUGAUCGGGGCAUCGGGGAGUUCCGUGUCCAUUAUGGUGGCCAACAUCCUCCGGCUGUUCCAGAUCCCACAAAUCAGUUAUGCCUCAACUGCACCAGAGUUGAGCGAUGACAGGCGCUAUGAUUUCUUCUCACGGGUGGUUCCUCCAGAUUCCUUCCAAGCACAAGCAAUGGUGGACAUUGUGAAAGCUUUGGGAUGGAAUUAUGUAUCCACUUUGGCAUCUGAAGGGAAUUAUGGAGAAAAAGGAGUCGAGUCCUUCAUGCAAAUUUCCAGAGAGGCAGGCGGGCUCUGCAUCGCCCAGUCCCUGAAGAUCCCCCAGGACCGCAAGGACAAGAGCAUCGACUUCGACCGGAUCAUCAGGCAGCUGCUGGAGACGCCCAACGCCAGGGCCAUCGUCAUCUUCGCCCACGACGAGGACAUCCGGCAGAUCCUGGCGGCUGCCAAGAGGGCAGACCAGGUGGGACAUUUCCUCUGGGUGGGCUCCGACACCUGGGGCUCCAAGGUGAGCCCGCUGCUGCAGCAGGAGGACGUGGCCGAGGGAGCCAUCACCAUCCUGCCCAAGAGAGCCACCAUCGAGGGCUUUGACACCUAUUUCACCUCUCGCACCCUGGAGAACAACAGGAGGAACGUGUGGUUUGCAGAGUACUGGGAGGAGAACUUCAACUGCAAGCUGACCAUCACUGGCUCCAAGAAGGAGGACACGGACAGGAAAUGCACAGCUGCUCUCCUGUGAGGAUGUGCCUGAGCC